UGGCGCCGAGUGACCGAGUGCCGAGUGCCGAGUGUCGUGUCGUGAGUGUCGUGACUGUCGUCUCGCGUCCGCACUUGAACCUCAAAAGGGACAGUCCUUCGCGCUCGCAUCUCGAUCUCAACCCGGGCGGAGCCGACGCGCGACCUUGCGACGUGAGAGAAACUGCCGGAGGUGCCAGAGGGAUGGACGGUCACCGGGCGUCACGGCUCCUGGCCGCGUUCGCGGUGUCGGCGAGCCUGCUCCUGGCCGCGUACACGCCGGGCCACGUAGCCGGCUCGGGGGUGCUGCAGAUACGCGGCAUACCGGUGGCGAAGAACCCGCUCUACCGGCCGGACAGCGACUUCGAGUGCCUGGACGGCAGCCGGCUGAUACCGUUCACGCGGGUAAACGACGACUACUGCGACUGCGGGGACGGUAGCGACGAGCCCGGCACGGCGGCGUGCGCCAACGGCUUCUUCUACUGCGAGAACACCGGCCACAAGCCGGCCUACAUACCGUCGUCCUGGGUCAACGACGGCGUCUGCGACUGCUGCGACACGAGCGACGAGUACGCGUCCAGGGUGGCGUGCGUCGACAACUGCAGCGAGCUGGGUAGGGAGGCACGUCUGGAGCAGCAGAAGGCGGAACAGCUGGCGCGGGAGGGUAACAAGCUGCGCCUGGAACUGGUGGCCAGGGGUAAGACCCUCAGGACGGAGCACCAGUCGCGCCUGGCCAAGUUGAGAACGGACUACACGGAGGCGGAGUUGAUCAAGAAGGAGAAGGAGAUCCUGAAGAAGCAGGCGGAAGAGCUGGAGAGCCUGGCGUUGGAGAAGUACAAGCCUGCCGAGACGGAACAGCCGACCGCCGAGGAGACCAUCGGGGAGGAAGACGAGGACGAGGACUCGAGCGUUUCCGAAGCGGAGGAUUAUUUUAAAAUAUUGGACUCGGAUUCCAGCGGUACGGUAACGACGGCAGAGCUGCAGACCAGGGUUACGUUCGACAAGAACAGGGACGGCGCCGUGUCGGAGGAGGAAGCGCUGUAUUUCCUCGGCGAUAAGAAGGAAGUCUCUUUGCAAGAGUUCGUAGAUAACGCGUGGGCAAACAUAAAGCCUUUCUUGAUGUUGGAGCAAGGUAUGUUCAAAGCGGCGACGGAUAAGGAAGAGACCGACGAGCAGCAGCCUAUCGAAGACCUGGAUCAGGAGAAGGAGGGAGAAAUUUCCGAGGGAGAGGAAGAGGACGUUCCCGAGGAGGAACACGAGAAGGAACCAUUGGAACCGGAAGUUCAAUACGACGAGGAGACGCAGGCGCUCGUCAACGAGGCCACCGGUGCCCGCGAACGUUUCCAGGAGGCGGAGAAGGCCCUCAAUGACUUGCAGUCGGAGAUCAGACAGCUGGAGGAGAAGAUGGACCGCGAUUACGGGCCGGAGGAGGUGUUCGCGCCGCUCGACGGCGAGUGCUUCGAGUACACGGACUUGGAGUACAUUUACAAGCUGUGCCUAUACUCCAUGGCGACCCAGAGGUCCAAAUCCGGCGGCAGUAGCGUCAAUCUCGGCCACUGGAACGAAUGGGUCGGACCGGUCGGUGCCAAAUACACCAAGAUGAAGUACGAUCGUGGCCUCACUUGCUGGAACGGUCCGGCACGUUCCACGAUCGUCACCUUGUCGUGCGGAACGGAGAACGGGAUCAUAUCGGUAACGGAGCCGAGUCGCUGCGAGUACGCCAUGGAGUUCUCCACACCUGCGCUCUGCAAUCCCAGUGCGGCCGAGUCGUCCGACAGGCACGACGAACUAUAAACUUGUUCAUUUGUUAGUAAAAUGAAAAAAAGCGCGGUCGGUUGCACGUACAACGUGAAUGUCAAGCACCUUACGCUCCUUCGGCAGGCUGCGAGACGAGUUGCAAGGAUCGAUAAGAAAUAACGUUAAAAUAAAAAGGAAAAAUACAUCUCUCGCAACCAUUUCCAACGUAAUCGUGAUUGAUACAUUAGUAACGUAGCUAGUAAUCUUUAUUUCGAUGGAUAUCUGUCCCCUCGAGAUCCGUUUAAGGUCCAAUACCACUCUUACGUCUUUUUUUUUCCAAUAUAGCUAGCAAUCAUUACCGUUACCACUUAGUUUCACAUAUGUUUCGAGACGCUAUCGGUCAUAUCUUUUAGUAUCGAAAUUUUGUACUGUCAAAAACAAAAUCGUUAUUGUGGAUAAAAUACAUUGUCAACAGAACCUAAUCAUGCGAUAGAUUGGCCAAUGAGUCUUAUAUUAACAAAUCGUGGACCGUUCGAAAUCAUUAUAUUCCAUUGACGCGGUAAAAAAUAUAUAUAUUUUACCGACUAUUAUAAUUUGCAUAUCAUCGGUCCACAAUAUGUUAAAAGGUGUAAAAGUUUCUUGAUCAAUCUAACACGAUAUAUGAAUAGAUAUUAUUUAAACGAAAAUAAUUUGAAACAAGAAUCAGACAAAUGUAUGAUUAAGGUAUUCUGGUGUUUCCGUUAAAAUGUGCCGCUAUAUACGCAAAUUACAACGAUUACAAUUGCGAUCAAUAUAUCGUCCUUGCGUUCGAGAAGUCUUUACAUAAUAUUGAACGAAGUUCGCCAGUGAUAAAGUCCGAAGAGUAAUUAUCUUGAGUCUUAUCCCGUUUUUGUGAAAAACCGCGGAGAGACCAUUGUUACGCGCGAAUUCAUUGCCAACGUGUUGAAAAAAAAAAAAAAA